GAAUCUUCAUGUAAUCUCAUUGUAAAGAGAGGAUUCGCAAUUCAAAUCAGUACCCAUCAUCUUGAAAACUGUAAAGAAAGAGGCGGCGAAUCACAAAAAAAUGGCGCUACGGUUGUGUUCUUCAUUUGGCUACCUAACUGUUCCUUCUCCCCGUUCCAGUAGACUUAUAAGAACAUUCUCUGUACAAAAUCCAAUCGUAUCUUCAAUCGAGUCCAGUAAGUUAGUGGUGGAGGUUAAAGAGAAACUUCAGAAUGAUCAUUAUAAGUUGCCGAUUGGGAGAUAUGGGAGGGAUGAUGAAGAUAUGAUUUUAUGGUUUCUGAAAGAUCGUAAAUUUUCUGUUGAAGAAGCUGUUUCCAAAUUGGCUAAAGCUAUUAAAUGGUAUCACGAGUUUGGUGUCUCGGAGUUGUCGGAAGAGUCAAUCAGAAGUAUAGCUGAAACUGGAAAAUCUUACUUGCAUGAGUUUCACGAUACACAUGGUAGACCGGUUCUAAUAGUAGUGGCAUCCAAACAUCUUCCUGCUAAGCAACAAUCAUCAGAUAGUGAGAAGCUAUGCGUUUUCCUGAUUGAGAAGGCACUGAAACAACUCCCGGCUGACAAGCAAGAAAUACUUGUAAUACUUGAUCUCCGAGGUUUUAGCACAGAGAACACAGAUCUCAAGUUCCUGACAUUUUUGUUUGAUGUAUUUUACUAUUAUUACCCAAGAAGGCUGAGUGAAGUACUUUUUGUGGAAGCUCCGUUUGUAUUCAAGCCAGUCUGGGCUUUAGUAAAGCCCUUGCUGAAGUCGUAUGCUUCCCUGGUAAGGUUUUGCUCGGUGGAGGAUGUUAGAAAGGAGUAUUUUACAGAAUCUACACUCCCUCAUGUUUUUACAAAAUGAAGGUGCAAUGAAUCUCCUACUCAUAUUUUCUUCUUUGUAAUUAAGAUUUCAAAUAUUUAACAUUUUAGGUUCU